AUGUUUUAUCUUAAAUAAAGCAGAAUAUAUCUUAAUAGUAAAAAAUUUUGCUUCAAGCAUUUAAAUUUAAACCCAUUAGUUUCAUAUAGAGUGUGAUUUUUUAAACUAUUUUUACUAUUUCAUAUUGAAAUUAAAAUAUUAUGACGUUUUGUAUCGGAACUACAAAUUAAAAUCUGGUAGUUCGCUCUUUGCUUACACCGGCUGUCAGUUGUCAAUAUAAAUGCGAGCCGAUAAAGCGAACACCUCAGUGAAAUAAAAUAAUUUGAAAUAUUAAAGUGAAUUAUUGAUUGCCACAAACGCGUUUUGAAUCCUAUAGCUCCUUUACAAUAUUGACUAUUGUUCAAAGUAAUUUGAAUCUCAUUUAUGAUGAGCGGUUUAAUAUUUCUUGCUUGUAUAAUUCUUGUAGUUCCUUCAACGUACCAAGAGUCUUUAGGAGGCUUGGUAGAGUUAGAUGAAGUAAGUUUUAACAAAUUAGUGCCUAAAUUCGAUGCCACAGUAGUAAAAUUCGACGUGGCUUAUCCGUACGGUGAUAAGCAUGACACCUAUGUGGCAUUAUCAAAGGAAUCAAAAGACGUGGAUAAUCUUUUAUUUGCCCAAGUAGGAGUAAAAGAUUAUGGAGAGAAAGACAACGAAGCAUUCGCUAAGAAAUAUGGAGCUGAUAAGAAUAACUUCCCUGUUGUAAAACUGUUUCUUAAAGAUAAAAGCAAACCAAUAACUUUUGAUGACUCUGAAGAAUUUACAAUUGAUAGAUUACGCCAAUUCGUUCGGGAACAGAGUGGAAUCUAUCUCAGUCUCCCGGGCUGCAUAAGAAGUCUAGAUUUAUUGGCUAUUAAAUUCAAAAACUCAGAUACUGAUAAAAGGAAGAGCAUCGCAAAAGAAACUGAGAAAGUUCUGGAAAAUUUAUCAAAAGAGGUGGCGGGUAAUGGAAAGAUCUACAAAACCAUAAUGGAAAAGAUAUUGGAAAAAGGUGAUGACUUUAUCCAAACAGAAAUAACAAGAGUUAAUAAAUUACUUGCUGGAAAAAUAAGUAAUGAGAAAAAGAAUGAACUAAGCCAAAGGAUUAACAUCCUUAAAUCAUUUUUAUUACCUCUCAAGAAUUAUAAAGAGGAACUGUAAUGAUGAAUUCAUUACAUUGAACUGUUUGCAGUGUGAGAAAUUAUUUCUGUAACUAUAAAUUGCAAGUCUCAAGCACUAUUUUAUGUGAUAGAUGCACAUUCCACAAUAAUAUUGCAAUAAAUAUUGUUUCUAUUUGCAAUCGAUUUAAUAAAUUGUGUGCGGUUUUAA